UGUCUGUUUCAUCUGUCGACCGUUCGUUUCCAUUUAUAAAUCUGCCCGGCGCCGAAACGACCUCAAACAAAAUCACAAAAAAAGGGAAAAGAAAAAGAGGCAUAUAUAGACGCAGCAGUCACAUUCACUUUCUUCUUCAGCACCAUCAACAAGGCAGAAUGACCAGAAACAUCCUCAUCCUUUCCCUUCUGUCGCUUGCACCGGCCCUCGCCUUAUCCUCAGAUACCAGCUGCUACAAUGACGUGGGUAGCCUUUCCGCCUCUCAUUCAACGGCCUACCAAUCCGUUGCGAUGUGCGAGCAAUUCUGCCAUGCAGACAAGAAGCUUGUCUACGCCGUGCAAGGCGAGCGAUGCUACUGCGGCGACGAACUUCCCCCCGCCUCAGCACAAGUAUCCAACAAAGAAUGCAGCAUCCGGUGCCCCGGAUAUCCCUCCGAAAGGUGCGGAGGCCCCAACACCUGGACAGUAGUCACGCACUCCAACGGAGAGCCCAGAUCCGUAGACUCUAAUAACGGCAUCGUCACGGCCCCGGAUGAGGACGGCGCGUCUGAUCCCCUGGCUACCCUGAGCGUGAACCCGACGAUGGUGAAGACGGCUACGGGGACCGAUGCACCCAAGACAUCUAUCCCUAGUAGUAUCUUGACCGCGCCGUCGGCGGCGGCUGAUCCAAAUCAGGGGGAUGCGGAGGCUUCGCCUUCGACUUCGUUGUCGUUUGCGACAUCUGCGGCUACGGCUAAGGCUUCGGGGUCGCCGUCGUCGCCUUCUUUUACCCCGUCUGCGACGGCGACUGGAGCUGCUGCUGGUCGGCCGGUGCUUGCCGCGUCGCUGGUUGGGGUGAUGUUGGCUCCGCUUGCUGUGAAUUGGCUGUAGAUGGUGUGGUGUACCGGGUCGAGGACGAUGACGGUUGGAUGUGUAUAGAGUGAUGUGAUUGUUUUGUCUAUAUGGUGGCUGGGCGCUAGAUGCUCGGUAUGUGCGACACUGGAUGAUUGCCUAGAUUGAUUACUUUCAUCUACGCAUGGCUUGUAGCUAUUGAACUCGAAUUGCUGGUCGAUUCGGUGCCUGUACUGCGGUAUAGUACUGGGUUGUUGCGCACGUUAGA